AUGGAAGACGCACACGCGAAGUCGGGCGAAGAGGUUUGCCGUUUCUUUGGUGUGGGUGAAGACGGACUGAACGAAAGUCAAGUAGAGGCGCAGCGAGCCAAGCAUGGCUUCAAUGAAAUGCCUGCCGAGGAAGGAAAGUCAAUUUGGGAACUUAUUUUCGAACAGUUUGACGAUCUCCUUGUGAAGAUUCUUCUCCUCGCUGCUAUAAUCUCUUUUGUCCUAGCUCUGUUCGAAGAACAUGACGACCAAACUUCUGCCGUCACUGCAUUUGUUGAGCCUUUCGUCAUUCUCCUUAUUCUUAUCGCUAACGCCACCGUUGGAGUUUGGCAGGAGCGAAAUGCAGAGUCAGCUAUAGAAGCUUUGAAGGAAUAUGAACCGGAAAUGGCCAAAGUGGUCCGAGCUGGGUCUCAUGGCAUCCAGAUGAUUCGAGCUCGCGACUUGGUACCCGGAGACAUUGUCGAAGUAUCUGUCGGAGACAAAAUCCCAGCAGAUCUUCGCCUGCUUAAGAUCUACUCGACAACGAUACGAAUCGACCAGUCCAUUCUGACUGGAGAGUCAGUGUCAGUUAUCAAGCACACAGAAUCUGUUCCUGAUCCCCGUGCCGUGAAUCAGGAUAAAAAGAACUGCUUGUUUUCAGGCACAAACGUGGCCUCUGGAAAGGCUCGGGGGAUAGUAUUCGGAACUGGACUGAGCACUGAAAUCGGUAAAAUUCGAACUGAGAUGGCAGAGACGGAAAGCGAUAAAACCCCACUUCAACAAAAACUUGACGAAUUCGGUGAACAGCUGUCUAAGGUUAUCUCCAUAAUUUGUGUGGCUGUAUGGGCCAUCAACAUUGGCCACUUCAACGAUCCAGCUCACGGCGGGUCUUGGGUUAAAGGAGCGAUUUACUACUUCAAGAUUGCUGUUGCGCUUGCCGUCGCUGCUAUUCCUGAAGGUCUUCCUGCCGUUAUCACUACCUGUCUAGCUCUUGGAACACGAAGAAUGGCAAAGAAGAACGCCAUUGUCCGAUCACUGCCGUCUGUGGAAACUCUUGGGUGCACAUCCGUGAUUUGCUCUGAUAAGACCGGUACUUUGACCACUAACCAAAUGUCUGUGUCAAAAAUGUUCAUUGCUGAAUCUGCGUCUGGUGAUAACGUUAAUUUCAACGAGUUCACUAUCUCAGGAUCAACGUAUGAACCUUCUGGAAAGGUAUUCUUCAACAACAAAGAGAUCAACUGUGCUAGUGGAGAUUUUGAUGCCUUGACUGAGUUGGCUACUAUCUGUGCUAUGUGCAACGAUUCUGCGGUUGAUUACAACGAUACGAAGAAAAUCUAUGAGAAGGUAGGAGAAGCAACAGAAACAGCACUGGUUGUUCUCUGUGAGAAAAUGAAUGUCUAUGGAACCCCGAAGUCUGGACUCUCUCCACGUGAUUUAGGCAACGUUUGUAAUCGUGUUAUUCAACAGAAAUGGAAGAAGGAAUUCACUCUGGAAUUCUCUCGAGACCGAAAGUCAAUGUCAUCAUACUGUGUCCCUGCUACUGGUGGGUCUGGAGCUAAGAUGUUCGUAAAGGGAGCUCCAGAAGGAGUGCUUGGACGUUGUACUCAUGUUCGUGUGAACAACCAGAAAGUACCACUUACGCCCGCGAUGACUCAGAAAAUUGUGGACAAGUGUGUUCAAUACGGCACUGGCCGCGAUACGUUGCGUUGUCUCGCACUGGGAACGAUUGACAAUCCAAUAUCGCCGCAAAGUAUGAACCUCGAGGAGUCUACGCAGUUCGCCAAGUAUGAACGUGAUAUAACUUUUGUUGGAGUCGUGGGAAUGCUCGAUCCUCCUAGAACUGAGGUCAUGAGUUCGAUCAAAGAGUGCAACCAUGCUGGUAUUCGUGUAAUUAUGAUCACUGGUGACAACAAAAAUACUGCGGAGGCUAUUGGAAGGAGGAUUGGACUUUUCAGCGAAAAUGAGGAUACCACUGGCCUCGCCUUCACCGGCCGUGAGUUCGAUGACUUACCGCCAGAGCAGCAAUCAGAGGCCUGCCGACGAGCCAAGCUGUUCGCUCGUGUCGAGCCCGCCCACAAAUCCAAGAUUGUUGACAUUCUUCAAAGUCAUGGAGAGAUUACUGCUAUGACUGGAGAUGGUGUGAACGAUGCUCCUGCUCUGAAAAAAGCGGAAAUUGGAAUUGCUAUGGGUUCAGGAACGGCUGUCGCCAAAUCGGCCUCAGAAAUGGUGCUCGCUGAUGACAACUUCGCCACCAUCGUCGCUGCUGUAGAAGAAGGAAGAGCCAUUUACAAUAACAUGAAGCAAUUUAUCCGAUACUUGAUCUCAUCUAAUGUCGGAGAAGUGGUCUCAAUCUUCCUUGUUGCGGCACUUGGAAUCCCGGAAGCGUUGAUCCCAGUACAACUUCUAUGGGUCAAUUUGGUCACAGAUGGUCUUCCAGCUACUGCUCUUGGCUUCAACCCACCCGAUUUGGACAUAAUGGAACGUCAUCCGCGGUCAGCGAGCGAGGGAUUAAUCUCCAAGUGGCUUUUCUUCCGUUAUCUGGCUGUUGGAACCUAUGUCGGAGUUGCAACUGUUGGAGCAGCCAUGUGGUGGUUCCUUCUCUAUGAGGAUGGGCCCCAGAUCACUUACUAUCAGCUGACUCACUGGAUGAGAUGCGAGAUUGAACCCGAAAACUUCACCGAUUUGGACUGUGCAGUUUUUGAAGAUAACCAUCCAAAUGCUAUGGCACUUUCCGUGUUGGUUACGAUUGAAAUGCUCAACGCCAUCAACUCAUUAUCGGAGAACCAAUCCCUUCUCGUUAUGCCACCAUGGAAAAACGUAUGGUUAUGCGCAGCUAUUGCCUUGUCUAUGUCACUCCAUUUUGUGAUUCUCUAUGUUGACAUCAUGGCAACAAUCUUCCAGAUUACUCCGCUAUGUGUGACCGAAUGGGUCGCUGUAUUCAAGAUCUCAUUCCCUGUUAUCCUUCUCGACGAGGUUCUCAAGUUCGUCGCACGCAAUUACAUCGACGUGGAACCUCCAGCGGAUAUCAAUAUCAAGAAGAGGAUUUAA